AUGGCGAACCCUACUGAAACUGAAAGCUGGACACCAAAAGAUACAAAUGAUAGUGGUUGGAUAGCUGAGCAACCUACAAAUUCAGACUUGGAAACCACCAGUGCUUCGAACAGCUGGGAAGCCGAUCUGCACUCUAGUUCGAAAAAUAACGAUAAAAGUCACAAAAAAGGUGGUUCGUAUAAAAACAGAGCUACAAAGUCUUCGACUACUCAAGAAGAGCCAACCGGUUGGGGAGCUGAACCCAGAAACAAGGAUUCUGGCGGUUGGGGUGGCUCUUCAAGUAAUUUUGAAGAAGUAGAAAAUUGGGGUAUUAUUAAAAAUAAUAAUGGUGAUAAUAACGUGAGUAGUUGGAAUUCAUCUUCUAAUCAUAACGUGAGUUUCAAUUGGGCAAUGGAAACCGAAAACACUAAUAGUAAUGGUUAUAAAAAUGAUAAUAAGGGUACAGAAGCUUGGGUCAAAGAUUCAUCUGAUGCUAAUAUAGGUGCAUGGGGAGAAGAUAUAGAUAAUAAUGUUAAACCCAGAUGGGAAGAAACUGCAAAUAAUAAUAAUAAGCAGCCAGAGAAUAUUAAUAAGCAUCUCGAGAAUAAUAAUAAGCAGCUCGAGAUUAUUAAUCAGCAACCCGAGAAAAAUAAUCAGCCAGAAAAAAACAAUAAACAGCCCGAGAAUGUAGAUGGAUGGGGAGAUCCAAUAGAAAAUAAUAAUAAGCAGCCCGAGGAUAAUAAACAGUCCGAGAAUCCCGAGAAUUUAGAUGGAUGGGGAGAUCCAGUAGAUAAUAAUAAUAAUCAGUCUGAGAAAGUAGUUGAAUGGGGAGUUAAUUCUAAUGUACCUGCAUGGGGAGAUGAGCCAGAUAACCCCGGAGGAGAUUGGGGUACUAUCACUGAGAAUAAUAAAAAUGAUCAAUGGGAUCCUUCCGCUUAUGAAGAAACUGAUAAAACUGCUGUUUGGGUAAAUGAUCAGCAAAGUUACUCAAAUGAUUAUUCAAGGCGAGAAGAUAAUAGAUCUCUAUCCAGGGGUGCAAGAAGAGACGGACCUCCGUUGCGCAGAGAUGAUGAUUAUAGAGGCCAUAAACCAUCAUCCUCACGUGGUGGUCAAAACAGUGAGAAUCAUGAUUUACCUCUCGAAGAUGUAAAUAAUGAGGAUACGCCCAAAUUUGUCAACAAUAAACCUGGUAACAUUUAUGAAAGUAUCCAUGCUCCCAAAACUGAAUCUGGUCCUUAUGUUAAUAAAGAUAGAGUAUUAUCAGGAGGGGUUCGUCAGAAACCUAAUGAAGACGAAGUGACUAAACGCAUGGAAGCAAUGAAGGUCUUCAAUGAAAAAUUGUUGGAAAAACGCAAGGUGGUUGAUGAAGAUGAAGCUAAGUUCCGGAAAAUUGAUGAAGAACGAAAGAAAAAAGAAUUGGAAAAUCUGGAAUUGCAGAGAAAGAAAUCGGAAGAGGAGGAACAAGAAAGGAAACGCCAUGAAUUUCAACAGUUACAAUUACAGCAAGAACUUGAUCAGGAGCGUGAGGAAAAUGCUAUGCGUAAAAAUAAAAACCGUGAAAACAGGGAAUGGGAUAUGGAAAAGAAUGAUUCUGACUGGCAUGACUCACGUAACCAAAGAAAUAAUUCACGUGGUAGAGGCAAUUACAGGAACGGUUCUCGUGACGAAAGUUUCUUUAGAAGAGGAUCUAGAGAUGAAUACGAAUAUGAUGAAUCGAGAAACGCUCGUGGAGGACGAAGGAGAUAUAGUGAUCAAAAUAAAGAUUUCCCUAAUAGAUCUUCUAUCACUGAGGAAGGUUUCGGUAGCGGAAAUAGUUGGGCAGAACAAACAGAGAAAGAUAACAUGAAUUCUUGGGAAACGACAGUAAUUCGUGAUGAAAACCAGAAUGAGAGUAAGAGUAAUGGUUGGGGAGAUUCUCCUGUUGAUAAAAUUGAAGAUUGGGCUAAAGACGUUGAUCAAAAUGAUGCACCUAAUAAUGAUAAGGUCGAGGAUGGUUGGGGACCUACUGUUGAUAAAGUAGUCGAUGAUUGGAACUAA